GAGAGUAGCAGAAAGUGAAAAACGUUCGGACAACGUGAGUUGCGGCGGUAUGUGUAGUCUCUGCACGUGUAUUAAUUCUUUAAACAUGCAACCAUUCAGAAAAUAAAUACUUUAAUCAGCACGAGACAAAGCUACUGUGGCGCGCUUUGGAUAUGGCUUUAAACAAGUCCAUGCACCCUCGGAACCGUUACAAAGACAAACCUCCGGACUUCGCCUACUUGGCUUCCAAAUAUCCAGACUUCCAGCAGCACGUCCACACCAGCCUCGCAGGACGACCCGUUGUGAAUUUCAAGGAACCAGAGGCGGUGCGGGCCUUGACCUGCACUUUGCUGAAGGAAGACUUUGGUUUGUCCAUAGAGAUUCCUCUAGAGCGCCUCAUUCCCACCGUCCCACUGCGUCUCAACUACAUUCACUGGGUGGAGGACCUGAUCGACGGACAGAACCAGCCGCGCAGGGGCAUCGACAUUGGCACUGGAGCAUCUUGUAUCUACCCCUUGCUUGGAGCCACCAUGAACGGCUGGUAUUUCCUUGCCACAGAGGUGGAUGACAUCUGUUUUGACUACGCCACAAAGAACGUGGAGCAGAACAACCUCUCGGACCUCAUCAAAGUUGUCAAGGUCCCUCAGAAGACUUUACUGAUGGACGCUCUGAAAGAAGAGACGGAGAUCAUCUAUGACUUUUGCAUGUGCAACCCUCCUUUCUUUGCAAAUCAGCUGGAAGCAAAGGGGGUGAACUCCAGGAACUCACGGCGACCUCCUCCUAGUUCAGUAAACACUGGAGGGGUGACGGAGAUCAUGGCAGAAGGCGGGGAACUGGAGUUCGUCAAACGAAUCAUUCACGACAGCCUGCAGCUCAAGAAGCGCUUGAGGUGGUACAGCUGCAUGUUGGGGAAGAAAUGCAGCCUGGCACCUUUGAAAGAGGAGCUGAGGAAGCAAGGGGUUCCUAAAGUGGCCCACACAGAGUUCUGUCAGGGACGCACCAUGCGGUGGGCGCUGGCCUGGAGCUUCUGCGAUGACGUUAUUGUUCCAUCUCCUCCCAAUAAGAAGCGUAAACUGGAGAAGAUGCGGAAACCCCUGUCUUUUACGCUGACGGAGGCAGGACUGAAGGAGCUGCAGGCCAAGGCAGCAGCUAUCGGUUGCACUGCUCACAGCUCUGUGAACAGCAUCACUGCACUGGUGGAGAAGACCCUCACUGACCUUAGGGUUCUACACAAACGUGUCCCCUGCGGGGAGCAGGAGCAGAGUCUCCUUCUGACGGCGGUCGAGAACACUUGGAUCCACGGACGACAGAAACGGCGGGAACAGACGCGUCAGUUGCGAGAACUUCCCAGAGCACAUCAGCUGGCCUCAGGUGCUCCCACCGCAGCCCCCGCCUCCACCGAGGGUAACGGUGAUAAGAAAGCCAGUCAGCCGCCACAAGCAGAGCAGAUUGGCAGCGGGGGCUCUUCAAAUGAACAAACAGACAGGCAAAAAGAAGAUGCAGAACAUGUAACGGAUGAGGACGUGGACAUGGAGUCUAGCUGCACAGGAGCAGGACAGGAAACGGGAGCCAGUGGACCUCUGGGUAAGCGGCCUCUGAGCCCUGGGGCAGUCCCGCACUUCCUGUUCAAGUGUCUGCUGAACGUGAUGCCAGAGGAGAGCGAUGUGGUGAUUGAGAUGCACUGGGUCGAGGGUCACAAUAAAGACCUGAUGAACCAACUGUGCACUUUCCUGAAAAACACACUUUUAAAGUGUGUCACAAAGUCCUAAGUAAUCAGAAAGAACCAAAUAUGUUUUAACCAACAUAUUCAGACCACAGAAACGAUAACUAGUAUAAAGAAUAAGCGUUUUUUAGAGAAUUAAAUAAUACAUUUUAGACGGUGGUUUUACUGUGUACAGCUUUUGACAUGCCUGUAUCGGUUGAGAUUUUAUUCCAGCAGAAGAUCACAGUCAUGAUUUGUCUUGACUGCCAUUAUUUUCAGAUUUGCCUUUUUAAGGUAGUUCAAUUUGUACAUUUAAUGUGGAAUAAACCAAAUAACCUGCUUUUAUAACA